AUGGCACUUCUCGUUGACAGGCUCCGGCCUAAAACCCUCGAUGCGCUUACGUAUCACCACGAUCUUUCAGCUCGCCUCAAAGCUCUGGCACAAAGCGGCGAUUUCCCUCAUCUCCUCGUCUAUGGACCAUCUGGUGCGGGAAAGAAGACUCGAAUAAUUGCUACGCUCAAGGAACUAUAUGGCCCCGGUGUCGAGAAAAUUAAGAUAGAUGCCCGCGUCUUUCAAACCAGCAGUAACCGGAAGCUUGAAUUUAACAUUGUCUCCUCCAUAUACCACCUUGAACUGACACCGUCGGAUGUGGGUAAUUAUGAUCGAGUUGUCGUUCAGGAACUAUUAAAAGAAAUUGCGCAAACACAGCAGGUCGACCAGUCUGCCAAACAAAGGUUCAAAGUUGUCGUUAUCAAUGAGGCAGACCAUCUUACCAGAGAUGCGCAAGCGGCACUUAGGAGGACAAUGGAGAAAUACAGCCCCAACAUGCGGUUGAUACUGCUUGCAAACACUACCGCUAACAUAAUUGCCCCAAUUCGGUCGAGAACACUGCUGGUUCGGGUUGCUGCUCCAUCAGAGGAUGACAUCUGCCAGGCGCUGAAGCUUGCGGGGAAGAAAGAGGGCUGGAAUGACUGCCCGGGGCUCAACAAACGGCUAGCUAAGGAGAGUGGAAGGAAUCUACGCCGAGCCCUAUUAAUGUUUGAAGCUGUUCAUGCACAAAACGAUAAAGUUUCGGAUAAUACACCAAUCCCUCCGCCAGAUUGGGAGGCGUUGAUAGCCUUGAUAGCUGACGAAAUCAUGGCUGAAAGGUCUCCCGCUAGAAUACUUCAAGUGAGAGCUAGGCUAUACGACCUACUAACCCAUUGUAUUCCGCCAACCACUAUUCUAAAGACUCUUACGUUCAAACUAAUACCUAAAAUUGAUGAUGCUUUAAAACCUGAAAAAGUUAUCUUCCAUCUUGAAGCCUUUGUAGCGAAGUUUAUGAGAAUACUUGAAAGUUAUAUGAUGGGUCUUGAUUUUUAA